AUGGCAUGGCGGCACCCGCUCUCGGCUUUCUUUUGCCUGCCGCCGCUGCUGGUUCUGCCGAACUCUGGGCGCCUUGUGAGGAUGCAAACCCGGGCAGUCACGCUGCAACACGCAGCCCAGUUGCGCGGGGUACCCCGGCCUUUGAGCUUCCUGCUGCCGCGAGGUUCCGCGCUGUCCAAGCGGGGGAGAACCUACAUCUUCGACGACGAGCCAAAGCCGCUGAGUGCGGCGGACGCCUGGCUGGAUGCGCCGCUCGGCAGCCCAAGCCCCUUGCUGGCGCUGUGGAAGCCCGUGGGUGUGGUGACCACCAUGGCCGAGGAGCCCAAGUCACUGCGGCGGCUGUUGGAUGAGAUGAGCCCGCUGCCGCUGCAGCAGCCGCAGCCCGUGGGGCGACUGGACAAGGGCACCUCCGGGCUGCUGUUCUUGGCCGAGAACGGGGACCUGCACCGCAUCCUCCUGGCGUCGGGCUACAUCCGCAAGACCUACGUGGCCACCGUGAACAAGGCGAGCGCCUCCGAGGAGCAAUUGGCGCAGCUGCUGGCCGGGGUCGAUCUGGGCGAUGGUGCGGCGCCAGCGCGGGCAGUGGCAGCGAAGCGAUUGGACCCAGAGGUGGUGCCGCGGAAAGGCGGGCUGACAGGUUCAGUGGAGAAGGUGCGCGUUGAGGUCCAGGUGUCGGAGGGGAGGUUCCGCCUGGUGCGGCGGCUCUUCGACGCCUGCGGGCUGCCGCUGCGCGCGCUGCACCGCGAGGCCGUGGGGAGCCUCAGCUGCCGCCUGCUCGGCGCCUUCGCGCCGCGGCGGGUGGUCUCGGUGGAGCCCCCAGAGGUCCUGGAUCUGCUUGCUGCAGGGCGUGGCCCGGAAGUGGGACAAGCCGUGUACAACGCCCUGCGCUGCGGCAGUCUGCUCUGCAACCUGCGCCGAGGCAGCGUGCCGGAGCCCAACCGCGAGCGCCUGGAGCGGUGGCUAGCGGAGCACUGGACUUUGGAGGGGCCCUGCUCCCUGGCGAUUAGGGACGACGCGUGUGGCUUGUUGAGGCCUUGGCCCGUUCCGCCAGUUCACCGGCACAAGUGCACGGUGCGCCUGCGAGGCAUCCAAGUGGCCAAGGUGGACGCUUCCGGCCAGGUGCUGAUCUCCGAGGCCUUCGGCUGCGUGGGCUACUGCUCCUGGCAGGCCAUCCAUCCCAGCGACCCCUUCCCGCUUGGGGCCACGGUCUUGUCGCAGCCUUUGUUGGCUGCAGCCACUGCCCGGGCGCUGCAGAAGCGAGGCAUCUCGCUCAGCGCCUCUGCGGAGCGGCUGCUUUGGCCCAAUGCCGGGCCUUUCACCGUGGGCGACGUGGUCCGGGGCAAGCUGCAGAGCAAAGCGCCGCCAGCCGCCUCCAGCCGCCUGCUGGGAGACUUGAAGAAGCUCAUGGAAUGGCUGGAGCACCUGGGACUUUGGGCCACUCAUGGCCAUUCACAGCACUGA